AUGAUCCACGCCGCCGCCACCCCCUCCUCUUCCUCUUCCUCGUCCGCAAAAAACCGCUUCGCGAACCGCGGCCUCAUCGGCGCCGUCAGGAUCCUGCUCCGCGAAGAAGGCAUCCGAGGCCUAUGGAGCGGCCUCGCGCCCGUGCUCUGCAAACAAGGCACCAACAGCGCAGUCCGCUUCACGACCUUUGCUAUGCUCCAGGAGCGCGUCGCGGCGCGGUGGCCUCAGCUCGAGGGCGGCGUCGGGAGUACCCUCGUCUUGGGCGGUGUGAGCGGUGUGUUUACGGUGUACGCGUCGAUGCCGUUUGAUAAUAUCAAGACGAGGAUGCAGAGCGUGCAGAGUGCUGACGUGCGGUAUACUGGUAUGGUAGACUGCGCUGCGAGGAUUCUGAGGAGUGAUGGGGUUUUUGCGUUUUGGAGGGGUACGUCGCCUAGGUUGGUCCGGUUGACUCUUUCGAGCGGCAUCACGUUCACGGUCUAUGAUCAAGUGGUGCGUCUGAUGAAGUCGGCGCAGACAGACCGCAAAGCCAGCGACCUGCAGCGCCUGUAA